AUGGCUUAUCUGUCGAACAAGGGCGCUUGGGGUCAGCACAGCACCCAACACUCGCCACCAGCACUCAACGGCCCAUCUUUGGCAGUCAAACCUCACAGCUUGAAGCAGUACCUGACCCUCCGAAACUGUUUGGCUGCAGGCCUAAUCACAUGGCUGGGCGCAUAUGUUGGUCCCCUAGCUCGCGAGACACAACCAGAGGCGCCGCCACUCACCCCACAGCGCUACGAGGAGAUAUUGCAGCAAUGCGAAUCCAUCGGCUCUACGCCGCUGAUACCUCGUCCCCAGGAUCCCUCUGGGGGCGUCACCUCGUCGUUGAUUCUCCCCGGAUCUGCCAACAUCAUGGGCGGCGAAGCUGUCCCAAUCAAGAACACGCAGAGGUCAGGACGAUUCGACGAGACCCUGGUGGAGGACCUCCUUCUUGAGCGUGGAGUUGCCGCCAAGGAUCGCCAGCGCUACAUGAAGCUGGCUUGUGGGGAGAAUCCAAAGCAGGUGUACUCUCACACUAGACUGACGGAUGCCUGGAUCCUCCGUGCGCACCUCGAGAAGGCCAGGAAGCUUCGACAGGCACAGGAUGAAUAUUGCUCUGCCGCUGCGUCGGCAGGGAGCAAGUUUGCUUUUGUUCAACGUCAUGGUGCCUUCCCAGCCGACAUAGCACUAGAACCUACAAUUGCCCUCCUCCGGGGCCAGAGUUCAAUGCAUAUACAUUGCUAUCUACCGGAGGAUAUGGAAACCAUGCUCAGGCUCACCUCGGAGUACGGGAUCAGCAUACGUGGAUUUCAUCACGCAACUGGUGCUUGGCAGGUACCAGAGAUGCUGAAAACGAAGGCGCAGAACAUCACUGUCGCAACUUUUGCUGAGUUUGGUCUGUUUAAAUGGGAAUCUUACUCGGCCAACUUGGCUGCUGGGAAGAUCUUAGACGACAACGGCAUUGCCGUUGCGUAUAAAUCAGAUCACAGCCUGGCAGAGACGAAUGCCAAGUAUCUUGUGUACCAAGCAGGCAUAGCACACGCAUUUCAUCUUCCCGAGGAUAAAGCUCUCCAAGCUAUCACAUCGGUCCCAGCAAAGGCCCUCAAUCUCGACCAUCGCAUUGGUUACCUCCAACCGGGCUACGAUGCCGGCAUUGUUGUCUGGGAUUCACAUCCACUCACUGUGGGUGCGACACCGCUGCAGGUUUUCAUUGAUGGCGCGCCCCAGCUCCAGGACGACCAAGUCAAACACAGUAUUGGUUCCACAUUUCAGGAUACCAAUACCGGAGCUAGCUCUCCUACAGCUCCUCGCAUGCGGGCAGUGCCUCAGGAAGGGGACAAGACUGAUUUCUGUUGGAGGGCUCGGGCAAGCAACGCGAAUUUCUUGAUUACUGGUGUCUCAACCACGUUUCUCAAGGACCACCCGCUUGUUCCCGCUUUUUGGAGGGAUAGAGAGGGUACAAACAUGACGUUGGUGAUAAAUGACGGCAAGAUUUCGUGCCUAGGUAGCGAGCACGACUGUCAAGAGGCCGCGACUGAAGUUUUACACUAUGACAGCACCCUUACCUUGCAUCUCUCCCAGGGUCAUGUUCUUCCAGGCUUGACUGCAGUGACCGCAUCGCUCGGCAUGUCCGAAAUCCUUUUGGCCCCGAGCUCGAGCAACGGUAUGGAGAAUCCUGCGGCAGGCAUUAGCAUCCCAGGUGCUAUAGAUUAUGCCAAGUUUGGCGUUCAGUUACAGGGCAGAGCGUUUGCUCGUGCUCGGAUGGGCGGAGUCACCCGUGCAGUCUCUCCACCCUUAAGCUUGGGCGGCGUGGUUAUUGGAGUCAGUGUCGGGAUCAACACCGACACAAGUAAGUCGCUUCACAACGGUGGUAUUUUCCAAUCGGACGUGGCUCUGCACCUGGGUCUGGAUACAUCCGCACAAUAUGUUCGAGGGACGAUCAGUGCCGCGGUCCGGGAUAUUCGUAGACUUAUUCGGGACGGAGAAGGAAACCAGAAAGGUUCUAUCUUUGGUGAUGUUGCCAAGGGCAAGCUCCCCUUAGUCGUUCAUACCAACAAUCAUUGGGAUAUGCAACAACUCAUAUCUAUCAAGAAUGACUUCCCCAAUGUCAAGCUCGUCAUACUUGGGGGCUCUGAGGCGCCUUUGGUUGCGGCGGAGCUUAGUGCAUCAAAGAUACCUGUCAUUCUUACCGAGAACCGCCCAGCCCCCGAGGAGUUUCGCCAUCGGGACGCGGUUGUUGGGCCACCUCUUACCCCGAGCGUAGCUCGACUUCUGAUUGAGGCCGGGGUAGAAAUAGCACUAUCCAUCAGUCCUCGUCAACUGCCCUUGGAUUACCGGUUGCAUGCGUUGCCCCUCGAAGCGGGCUGGGCUGCCAAGUACGCUGGUCUGAGUGACGCUGAGGCUGUUCGCCUGAUCUCAUCCAGCGUCGAGGAUAUUCUUGGACUCGGAAGGGCCAAGGACUUGGUCAUUUGGGAAGGAAGUCCGCUCGAGUUUGGCGGAGCUGUGGUCCUUAGCUUCGCCCAGCAGAACGGGAAGACGGAGGCCACAAGCCGAUUAGAGAUUUCCUCUUGCUGGCCCGAUGAAGAGGAUGUCUAG